AUGCGCCAAUACUCGGGCUAUGCCACCGCCGCAGACACCAACGAACGGUUCCGGUAUCUGCUGGAGCAGGGCCAGACCGGAUUGUCCGUCGCCUUCGAUCUGCCCACGCAGAUCGGAUACGAUUCCGACCACCCGCUGUCGAAAGGAGAAGUGGGAAAGGUGGGUGUGCCCAUCUGCAGUCUGGGCGACAUGGAAACGCUGUUCCACGGCAUUCCCUUGGGGCAGACUGCCGGCGUAUCGCUCACGGCUCAGCAGCCCGACAACAACGUCAUCCGCUGCACCGUGCAGGCAUUGGCAGCCAUACUGGGCGGCUCCCAGUCGCUGCACGUCAACUCUCGCGACGAAGCCCUGGCCCUGCCCUCCGAGGAAUCGGCCCAACUGUCCUUGCGUACCCAGCAGAUUCUCGCCUUCGAGAGCGGAACAGCCGACGUGGUGGACCCUCUGGGCGGUUCCUGGUACAUCGAGAGCCUUACCAACGACCUGGAAGCCCAGGCCUGGAUUACAUUCGGCGUAUCGACGAAAUGGGCGGCGCGGUAG